AUUGCAGAACAGUUAUUUCUUGUCCUAAAUAUAUAAGCGGAUAGAAGAUGAAUGGAACAUUCACCUGUCAUUUAGUCUUGCACAGUUUUACUUCCUCUACCACUGGACCUGUGUCCAGUUUGGCAUGCAGGGCUAUCACAUGCUGUGACAUUUUUGAGUGAGUCAGGUUAUAAAAUGGUUCUGAGUGAGUUUCUAAAAUGUCUCAUUGAAUCACAAGACAGCAGAAUCCCCAAGAGAUGGGAGAGACUCUAAAUAUUGCCUAGAAAUCAAUCCUAAGUAAGGAAGUCCUCCAGUACCCUAGUAGGGAAGUGAGAUUUGGGUCACAUCUAAUCUCGUUCCAUGAGGGCAUGUCCCCUGAAUAAAGCGGGCAUUUCUUCAUGAGGGCAUCUCCCCUGUGGUCUCUGCUGACUGCAAAGGCUGGGGCUGGACUCUUUGUUCACUUGGGAGUGUUUUCAAGCAGAAAAAAAAAAGGGAUUGUUCUGGAUAAAUGACUCUCAUUAUGAUACUGAUAGUCAUGAGAUUUAGUGACCCUGACUGAGUCAGGCUGGAAUUCCCUUCCGUUUGCUUCCCGUCUAGGGUCCCUGAGGCAAACCUUGGGUACAUGCCCCAAGCCCCAGAGGCGUGUGAACCUCCUGGAACGUGAAGCGAGAGCAGGAGGGAAGUUUGGGGGUGGAGCGCAGAAAAAAAGAUCUCCGCCUUACUCUCCUCUCACUGCAGUCCUGAGCGGGCAGCUGAGUUGGGAGGAGUAUAUUCUGACGGGUCUGCUGCUGCUUUCCCUGAUGACUCCAGCUGAGCCAGUGGAGUUGCACCUGCUGUGCCUGUCAUCCAGCCUUUCACCGCGCAGGAAGACUCUCACUUACCCUCCGAAAGGUUCUUUCUGCAAGAUGGAAAACGCAUUGCUUUUGUGUAUAUUCCUGUCCCAUUGGCAUUUCCUAAAUGCUUUAUUCACAGUUGAAGUUCCCCAGCCGCAGUACAUUGUAGAAUAUGGGAGCAACGUGACCAUGGAAUGCAGGUUUCGAGUGAAUGGUGAAUUAAAGCUUCAAGAGUUAAGUGUCAUUUGGGAGAAAAAAGAGGAACAUACAAAAGAGGUUUACAAACUUCACAAAGGAAAGGAAAACUUGAAUAACCAACACAGCAACUAUAGGGGAAGAGUAAAUUUGUUGAAAGAGAAACUGCAGUUGGGACAGUCUAUGCUUCAGAUCACCAAUGUAAAACCUACAGAUGCAGGGACUUACCUCUGUCUCAUUGGCUAUGAGGGAGCUGACUACAAGACGAUCACUUUGCAAGUAAAAGCUCCUUAUAGAAACAUAACCAAAAGAACUGUGACUGUCCAGGGGACUGCAGGACACAGCGAAUGGGAGUUAAUAUGCCAAUCAGAAGGGUAUCCUAAGGCCGAAGUCAUUUGGCAUAAUGGGGAACAUCAAGACUUCAGUGCCAAAGCAAACACAACUUAUGAAGCAGGAACUGAUCAACUGUAUAGUGUGACAAGCACACUUAAAACCAACACAAGUGUUAAUGAGACAUUUCACUGUGUAUUUUGGAACAAAGAAUUUAAAGAAAACACAUCUGCUAUUUUAAUCAUACCAGAUUGUCCAGUAGGUAGUCGAAGGAUUAACGGUAGACACUAUUUUGCAACAGCUGGGGCUGUGUUGGUUCUCUUUGGAUCAUCGCUUCUAUUUAUGCUCUGGGUAAAAAAGGCUAGAAAAGAUCAGGACAGGGAGAUGGGUACAAAUUAUGCAGCAGUGAAAGUGAUAAAAUUAUCGACAGAUGAGGAAGAGGGCGAUUGCAGAGGGAUUUCUCCUGAGAAUGAAGAACUAGAAAAUGUACGAAUUGAGGUGACUUAAUGCAGAAUGUUUUCUUCCUUCACUGAAUAUGUUCUAGAGCUCUGGGAGUUUUAUUUUAAAUACUAUUUUAAAGUGUCUUGGUCUAAAUCUCCUUUCAUUUAUACCAGUGAAAAUUCAGAGUAAAUUCACAGAAGUUAGAGUUAUCGUGAUGUAAAACUGAUCAGCAUCAGGCUUUCUGUAUUUGUAUUUUAGUUCCUACAUGUCUGCUUUGUCCAUUAUGCACUUUUGUGGAUGUUGUUCAGGUUUUUUUUUUAAUACUGCUACCAAAAGGAAAGCACUUUAGGUCCCUACCCUAAUGCAUUUCAUACUUGUUUUUAAAACGUUCCAGUUUUUCUCUGAACUUUAAAUUCCCUGCUGAGACACUAUCACUUCCAGCCUCCAUGGAUGAAAUUGUCAUCACUUUGACCCAUACAAGGAUAAGGAGGAGACUGAAUGUCAUGCAUGUGGGCCACCAUCUCUCCUUACUAGAGAUUUUAAGAUAUUGGCUAAUGUUCAGUAGUUAGUUAGUUCAACAGAGAAAAGGCUGUAUAACUCUCUUGUCAACAUCAUGAUUCCUCUUGGGUUGGAAGUCAACAGAUAAUCUCUUGCCCUUUGAAGAUGCUCCAGAGAGUUAGAAGUUCUACUAUUUACUGUAACUAGAGAUAUAGUUGGCACCACCAGUUUGCAGCUGACCACUAUUCUGAUCAACCAUCUGAAAAGCAAGACUUUGGACCUUCUAGAAGAAUAGCCCAUGGAGUGGACUCUUUGGAAACAGUUCAGAUGGAAUGUCUGCUCUUUCUAUGAACAAAAUAGACUCUCAUUAAAUCAUUUAGUAUGCGUUUUGGAAGCACUUUUGGAUUUUAAGUAUCAUUAAGCUAUGGUUUGGUUAUAUUUUGCAAAAUACGUACUUGUCUUUACUGUGUCAUAAGUUAUUAGAAUUAUUUAUUACAAUAAAAUUAAAAACUAU